CUGUACCUCACCGUUACAGACUCACAUUACGUACACCUCGGCUCAGACCUCACUCACUUUCACCAUCACAUGCCAAGUUACCGACGCCAUCCGCCGCUCCUCUUCGAUGUCAUUUCUGCUUCCUCUUCUCGGUCAACAAUGUCAGCUUCAUAUCAUGAGGAUGUUCAAAGCAGUGACCCAGGAUUUACUAGUGCUACUCCGUCCACUUUUGAAUCAGUUAGAUCUUCGGGACAGUCAGAGUCGAUGCCGCUGCCACAGUCGUAGUCCCAGCUACAAACACAGACACAGACGCAGCCACCAUCGCUGCCGCCACGCAGUGAUCAGAACAAUGAAGGAACUAGAUCUAAGAGGAGGAGGGGCAAAGCAAAUGUUGCUGAUGAGUCAACUAAUCCUGGCUAGUCUGAGGAACCAGGUGAAGGAAGUAUUCAAUGGCUUGUUCAACAGCUAUAGGGUUGCUCUCAAUAGUGAUCAAGCACACCAAUCUGCACAACACAGCCAAGAUGUGGAUAUAGAUGAUAGUGCCUUAGAUGAUGUUCACUUUGCAGCAGCAUUUGAAAAUAAUGUACAAGCAAGUGAAAGUGUCAACACAAAUGAAGUGGAUUUAUAUCUCAUGGAGUCCUUGGAGAAACCAGUUGAUCCAAGUAGUUUUGAUAUUUUAACUUGGUGGAAAGUGAGCUCUAACAAUUACAAAUAUCCUAUUCUAAGUCAAAUUGCGAGAGAUAUUCUAACUAUGCCGGUGUCAACGGUUGCUUCUGAAUCCGCCUUUAGCACUGGAGGUAGAGUGCUUAAUCAAUAUAGAAGCUCUCUUACCCCAAAAAUUGUUGAAGCUUUGAUUUGUGCACAAAAUUGGUUUCGAGCCAAUUCAUUGCCAAUUGACCUUGAGGAGUCUUUUGAAGAAUUUGAAAAACUUGAGAAAGAACUUGAGCCAAUUCCUCAACUAAUAGAUGAAGAAGACUCUGGUGAUGAAUCUGAUUAGUGAUCGGUGCUUCACUUCUCAGCUUGGAGUUUUUUAUGUUAUGUUUUUAUUAAGACUUUGUUAUGUUAUUUAUAUUUAU